AUGUCCUAAGCUUGCACAAGCUCCACUUGACCCUGGGCGAUUUGCGGUGGAGGUGCUCGUUGUGAUAUUUCGAGCAUUGGGUGCAUAACUUACACCGUGAUGGAAGAGCUUACUUGUGCAUCUCUCUAUUUCAUCGAAAAAUACAAAACUGCACCGCAAGAAGAUGGGGGAGUAAUCAUCGAAGAAUUUCUGGAUCAGCAGCUUGGUGCUGAAUAUAACCUGGACGUUACUUUUUCACCUGAGUGGGAAUGGUUCAAUGUCAGCAGGCCCCUUGAAUAUGCAUCUGACUUGGAUGACAAGCUUGUAGUGCUUGAUUUUUUCACCUACUGCUGCAUCAACUGUCUUCAUGUCUUGCCAUCACUUCACCAGCUGGAAAGAGAUCACUCCAUUGAAGAUGGCCUUGUUAUUGUCGGCGUCCACUCGGCCAAGUUCGAGAACGAGCGCGUGUCGUCCAACAUCGCGGCGGCGCUGCAGCGGUACGACAUCGCCCACCCAGUGGUCAACGACGCCCAGCUGGUGCUCUGGCGGCGGCUGGAGAUCGCCUGCUGGCCCACGCUGGUCAUCCUCGGUCCGGGCUGCCGACCCCUGCUGCUGCUGGUCGGGGAGGGCCACUCGGCUCUGCUGGGCCGGUUCGUCUCGGCUGCGCUGCGCCGUCUACGCGGCCGGCUGGGCUCCGGCAGCCUGCCGCUGGCGCCGGCCGCCCGGCCGCCCGUCGCCCGCCCACUCCGCUUCCCCGGCAAGCUGUGCCGGCUGGACGCGCGCCGGCUGGUGCUCAGCGACUCCGGCCACCAUCGCCUGCUGGUCACCGACAACAGCGGCGCCGUGCUGCACGUGAUCGGUGGUCCAACCGCCGGCUUCCUUGACGGCAAACUGGGCGAGUCCAAGUUCAGCAGUCCGCAGGGGGUGGCCGCAGACGGCGACGUCAUCUACGUGGCGGACACGGAGAACCACGCCAUCAGAAAGGUGGACCUGCAGGCGGGCCUGGUGGAGACGCUGGCCGGCACCGGUCAACGGGGCGACGACCUGGAGGGCGGCGGCGUCGGCAGGGCGCAGGUGCUCGCCUCGCCCUGGGACCUCUGUCUGGUCGGUGACCGGCUCUACCUGGCCAUGGCCGGCUCGCACCAGAUCUGGGCCUUGUUCCUCCGCGACGGCACGCUGUUCGGCAAGCGCCCCUGCCCGGCGGGCACCUGUCUUCGUGUGGCCGGCUCGGGCCAGGAGGAGAACCGGAACAACUCGUACCCGCAGCGAGCGGCAUUCGCGCAGCCCUCGGGCCUGACGUGGGACGCGGCCGGCGCGCGCCUCCUGGUGGCCGACAGCGAGAGCUCCAGUGUGCGCCAGGUGGCGCUGGCCGACGGCGCCGUGCGGGCCGUGGUCGGCGGCGCUCGGGACCCCACGAACCUGUUCGAGUUCGGCGACGUGGACUCGGCGGAGGGCCCCGCGCGGCUGCAGCACCCGCUGGGCGUGGCCUGGAGCGCCGCCGACGCCGCCCUCUACGUGGCCGACACGUACAACCACAAGCUGAAGCUGGUGCUGGCUGACGGACGGGGUUUCAGCUGCCGCACGCUGGCCGGCUCGAGCCGCGGAGACCAGACUGGACCGCUGCUGGAGGCCCAGUUUAACGAACCGGGCGGCCUGCUGGCGGAGCCCGCCGGCGAUCAGCUGCUGGUGGCCGACACAAACAACCACUGCAUCAAGCGGGUGGACCUGGCGGCCGGCACCGUCGACGAGCUUGAUGUCCGGAUGACGCGGGAUUCACCAGAUCGGCCUACCCAGGCUGUCACAUCGUCCGCAACGGUGCGAUCAGCCGGUGGCGCCAUCUCUUUAAGUCUAGAGGUACUGCUGUCUGGUGUGUCCCUGACAGAAGGCGCUCCGCACAGCUGGCGACUGGACCAGUUACCCUCCGGCUGGUCGGCAGCGCCACCCGGCCCGUUCUCUGUACCGCUGACUGUGCAGCUGCACGCGCCGCCGCUGCGCUCGGGGGACGCCGUCCGACUCCGCCUGCACGCACAGCUCUUCCUGUGCUCGCCGGCCGGCCUGUGCUUCCCGCGCGAGCUGACGUUCGAGCUGCUGGUGGAGGCCAGGCCGUCCACGCGAGUAUUUUAUUACAGCUACGGCUAG